GCUGAGCAGAGCAGCAGGAGAGAGGUGUUGCUGCUGGGCUCAGGCCGGGACAGUCAGAGGAGCCACAGCAGCCGAGUUCACACGUCCUCCCAGUGGAGAAAUGUUUGAUAACGCUCACUACCCCUUCAACUGCUUCAACUACGAUGGGGACGGAUACCCUUCAUCCAGCACGGACGAGGACAAGAAGAUGUGCAGACCUGCAUACAGCUACAUCGCUCUGAUCGCCAUGGCGAUCCAGCAGAGCCCCGAGCAGCGUGUCACUCUGUCGGGAAUCUACGAGUUCAUCAUGAAGAGGUUUCCGUACUAUCGCUCCAACCAGAGAGCCUGGCAGAACUCCAUCAGACACAACCUGUCUCUCAACAGCUGCUUCAUCAAGGUUCCCCGGACAGAGGGCAAUGAGAAGGGGAAGGGGAACUACUGGACUUUUGCCACUGGCUGUGAAUCCAUGCUCGACCUCUUUGAAAAUGGUAACUUUCGGCGUCGCCGGCGCCGGAGGAACAUGAAAAUCGGCCUCCGUGAUUCUGGAGAAACCCCUUUCCACCCUCUGGAAAGCCACAACAAUCGACACGUAGCCGCAGCCCGGCACCCAGAAUCUGACUCCACCCUCUGCCCUUUGAACCCUGACAGGCCGAGGCCGGGUCCACAGCAGAACCCCCUCGUCCCAAACCCCCCCCAGCAGGGGAAACCCGAGUCGGAGAUCAAGUUUAGCAUUGACUACAUCCUAUCCACUCCAGAUCCACCCCUACCCGGGUUCAGAUCCUCCCACGGCCCCGUGCACAUAGGGCCCACAGGGCCGCCAUUACAUGUUCUGGAGUCCCAGCAAAUGAACCUGCACUUCUGGACUCUGUGA